AUGGUUUCGACGCAGGCGGCUGUUUUGGCGGGCAGCCCAGCGGCGGGGGCUGCCUUCGGUGCCAUUUCGGCGGCUAUCGAGAUGGGCGUCUCGACCAAGUGCUUGACGUCGCUCGUGGCUGCUGCAGUUCGAGGCGCAGUUCAAGGCGCCGCGGCUACGGCGGCCGCAGAGGACAAGAUCGACCCGCUCGACGAGGUGCAGGCUGUCGUCAACCUCGUGGGCGACAUCGCGGGCGUGGAACGGACGGUCAAGGACGCCAAGGAGGUCCUGUCUAGCCUGGGGGCUCCUGGCCGUGCCGUGGCGGGCAGGCUGGGGCGAGCCUCCAGGUACCGGAACGCGACUGCGCACCCGGCGUGCGCCGGCCUCGCCGCGGCGGCGGGCCAGGUCAUCGCCAGUGCCGGACCACAGUUGAAGCAGGGCCUGAUGAAGAAGAACUCGUCCAUCGAGAGUUCGACCGACGUGCCCGAGAGCGAGGACGGCGCCCUGGUCGGCUCGGUGGCGGCCGACAUCGAGGUGAAGCCGUUGAAGGAGCUGUCGAAGGGCACGGCCGAGACGGCUCAGCAGCUGCAGCAACAGUUCACGGACCUGCAGCUCAAGAUGGAGGAGGCUUCGAAACUGCUCGGCGUGUACCGCGUGCAGUCCGAGGACAGUAACAACCUACAGACUGAUGCGAAGGAGGCGGAGAAGGUCAUCGAGACCCUGACGGAGUACGAGCUUUGCCUCGUGGACUCGGCCAUGCAGAAUGCGCUCGAGAUCGGUUUGGAGUGUACGGACGAGCUGCGCAGCCAGUUCGUGGACAGGGUUCUCCAGGAGCGCUCGAGUUCGGCUACGUGAUCAGCAAGUGCGCGCUGAUCAACAGGUUUUUCUCCUUCCUCCAGGUCGGGGGAAUCUGGAGUGCCCCGCAUUCCUUUUCCCCUCAGGCGUGAGGCGGCCCGCCGACGGCCGCAGUUCCCCUUUUUGAAGAGGGUUAAAACUGAGGCCUCAGUUUUAACCCUCAAGCGGGCCAGGUCACCGAAGGCCAUGGCGCCGUUUGUGGACGUACGCUGUCCUUUCAUCUGAUC